AUGCGUUUGCUGCACCACCCCAGCCUCCACCUUUCUCACGCCGGACCUUUACCCACGUCCGACGUUCGCUUUAUCUUCUGCUCUUUCAAACCGUUUCUCCGUGCAACCGAAAAGCUGGAGCUGCCGUCGAUCUCGCAGGUCCACACCCGCGGUCCUGCUGACAUCCCCUGGUACAACCCUCACGCGGCCGAACGACCGUUAUUGUCCGGCGACAAACUCCCCGCUCUGAGCUUGCCGACAGCCACCCAGGGCAUCUCCCGAACCGCCUAUCAAGACCCCAAUUCUGCCAACUCCAGCGCCCGCACAAGUCUGUCUGGGGCUUCCAUCCCGGUGAACGAGCCUAGGAGCCCUCCGCCCUCUGCGGACCUCUCUGGCACCCAGGGCCGAUUAUCACUGGACUCCUCUGCCCCGACGGAAUAUAGUCUUCCGCCCUCGGUCAACGACGGGUACUAUCCCAGCCCGACUUCUCUCGGCAGCAUGAACCAAGCCCAGCCGUAUAUGGAUGUUCACUCACACAUGUCCUCUGCUCAAUCAUACGCUCCCCAAGGUACAACCGCUGGCGCCAUGUCCCAUUAUCAGUACCCCCAGCAACCUCCAGUCAUGCAGCCCUCUGCCUCUUACGCCCCCGUCUCCUACCCCCAGUAUGGCUACCACACCGGGGCCACAUCUCCACCAACAGGACAGCCCCCGAGCUCUAUGGGUGGCCAGAUGCCCGCCCAGUUGCUGCCCUUGCCUGUGAGCAAUCACGGCGUGGCACCUGCGGGUGGUUAUGGAAACAACACGGGCGCUCCCCUUCAGGGAUUUGUCUUUGACCCUACCGGUCAAGUGGCACCCCCUGGAGCGAAGCCGCGAGUGACGGCUACUCUGUGGGAAGACGAAGGGAGCCUCUGCUACCAGGUGGAAGCCAAGGGAGUCUGCGUGGCUCGACGUGAGGAUAACCACAUGAUCAACGGCACAAAGCUGCUAAAUGUGGCUGGCAUGACUCGUGGUCGACGUGAUGGAAUUUUGAAGAGCGAGAAGCUCCGCCACGUCGUGAAGAUUGGACCAAUGCAUCUGAAGGGUGUCUGGAUUCCAUUCGAGCGUGCUUUGGAAUUUGCCAACAAGGAGAAGAUCACUGAUCUCUUGUACCCGCUCUUUGUGCACAACAUCGGUGGCCUGCUGUACCACCCGGCCAACCAGACUCGCACUAACAUGGUGGUGCAAGAGUCACAGCAGCGGCGCAUGGAAGGCCCACCACCGGGCCCCCAGCGCACACCCUCUGGGCCUCAGCAACCUCCCAAUCUUCACCACCAUCACUCCCUGCAGACCCCCAUGUCUUCUCACAUGUCGCAAGCCCCAAUGUCCGGGCAGCCGGGCUCCCGCCCAGGCCUCGACCGGGCCAACACUUUCCCCACACCCCCAGCUAGCGCAUCCAGCGUGAUGGGAGUGACAAACCAAGGUAGUUCAUACGAAUGGGGUGGCCAGGGCAUAAACUCUAGCGUGCCGCACACUCAGCCCCUGUCAAUUGACACGACGCUGAGCAACCAACGCUCCAUGCCCACCACCCCGGCGACGACACCCCCGGCCAUAACAUGCAGCACGGCCUUGCCUCUUACCAAGGCCAGCCGGGUUACGACAGUAAACCUUACUAUUCGGCUGCUCCCCAGUCCCAAUCUCAAUACGCCCCACACACGCCAUUGA